UCGUGCCGCGAAGUUGCCGUUAGCACAGCACAGUUAUUGCUGCCGUUGCGACCAAAUAAUUGGAUUUACAGCAGUUAAAAUUCGUAGUGAACAGUGAAAAAGGACUCACCAAAGAACCACCAAAGACUUAAGUGCAAUUAACAGGAUAAAACUGCUGACGAGAAAGGAAUAUUCAAGGAAUAAAAUCCAGAACCAUUUUUGGGUAAAAGCUUGAAGUUUGGAGCUGAACUGCCAAUAAAAAGACUGAACCGAACUGAAGACAUCAACUAAGGACCAAAACAAGGAAAUGUUUUAGGAGAACACAAGCAGCUGCAGCAUUGCGAUAAGGACUAAGCCCCCACCAUUAACAUAAACAUCGGCCAGACGAAUUCGCAAUGUUUUUGCCCGUGAAAUCAAAUCAUUCUGGGGAGGCAAGUGGCAACAACGAGGAUGUCACUACAACCAGUAACAAUUCCACACAAACGCCCAGCGAUCUGAGCCCACCAGGACCCAAUGAAGAGGUUCUACCCCAGGCGCACCACCAGAACCCAGGCCACUGCAUCGCCUCUUUUGCGGCCAUAAAUCAGAUGAGGAACAAUGCACAGCUCUGCGAUGUUCGCCUGGAGGUUGGCGGCGACACCAUCAACGCCCAUCGAGUGGUCCUGGCCUCUGUUUCGCCCUAUUUCUAUGCGAUGUUCAACGACGACAUGCUGGAGCGCACUCAGGGAUUGGUACGCCUGCACGACGUGGACAGCUCGGCACUGCGGCAACUGAUCGAUUACACCUACACCGGCGAGAUUACGAUCACCGAGCAGAACGUUCAAGUGCUACUGCCCGCGUCCGGAUUACUGCAGAUGCACUCGGUGCGGGAUGCUUGCUGUAAGUUCCUACUGCGCCAGCUACAUCCAUCAAACUGCCUGGGUAUCCGCAGCUUUGCGGACGCCCAUUCCUGCAAAGAGCUUCAUACGCGCUCCCACAAAUACGCCCUGCAGAACUUCCAGCAAGUGGUGGGCACCGAGGAGUUCCUGCUCCUCCCCUUUGAGGAGGUUCGUGAGCUUAUCUCCAACAGCCAGCUGAAUAUCAGCUCCGAGGAAAGAGUCUUCGCCGCCGUUAUUAAUUGGGUGAAACAUGAUCUACCCUCCCGAAGACUUCACAUUGCCGAGCUGAUGUCCAACGUCAGACUUCCAUUGGUCAGCAGGGACUUCCUUAUGAGUUGUGUGGAAACGGAGACUCUCAUGCGCGAUGACUCGGAGUGCAAAGAGCUGCUCCUGGAGGCCAUGAAAUAUCAUUUGCUGCCGGAGCAGCGCAGCAUAAUGGGUAGCCAGAGGACGCAAGAGCGUCGUCCGGAAGGCAUGAAACCAUAUGUUUUUGCUGUAGGCGGUGGCAGUCUCUUCGCUAUCCACAAUGAGUGCGAAGUGUACAAUCCGCGUUCCAACUCCUGGAGUCCAGUGGCUCCCAUGCUGUGGCGACGAUCCCGAUCCGGAGUAACUGCCCUGCACAAGCAGCUAUAUGUGGUCGGAGGGUACGAUGGUGUCAGUGAUCUGGCGACGGCCGAGAGCUAUAAUCCGUUGACCAACAAGUGGAGCAAUAUCACCCCAAUGGGUACGAAACGCAGCUGCCUGGGCAUCUGUUCCUACGAUGCGCUUAUUUAUGUUUGCGGAGGUUAUGACGGCGCCUCCUGUCUGAGCAGCAUGGAGCGUUAUGAUCCCCUUACCGGGAUUUGGAGCUCUUGUCCUGCAAUGAGCACAAGGAGAAGAUACUGCCGGUUGGCUGUGCUGGAGAACUGCAUAUAUAGCCUUGGUGGCUUUGACUCCACUAACUACCAGUCUAGCGUGGAGCGGUUUGAUCCGCGAGUGGGUCGCUGGCAGCCGGUGCCUAGCAUGACAGCCCGCAGAAGCAGUUGUGGAGUUGCCUCAACCGAUGGGCAUCUUUAUUGCAUAGGUGGUAAUGAUGGCACCAUGUGCAUGUCCAGUGGAGAGCGAUUCAACCUGCGUAGGAACAGCUGGGAACCCAUUGCAGCCAUGCACUCGCGAAGAUCCACCCAUGAAGUGGUUGAGGUGGAGGGUGCCCUGUUCGCCCUGGGUGGAAACGACGGCAGCUCCUCGCUAAACUCUGUGGAGCGGUACGAUCCACGACUAAACAAGUGGAGUGUGGUCAACGCAAUGGUGGCCCGUCGUAGCUCUGUUGGCGCUGCUGUCUUGGAGUGCUUCCAUCUCGAGCGCGGACUGGUGCAGACGACGAAUUUAUGACCCUUGGCCAGCAUAACCGAGUCCUUCGCCGCAGCUGCAGUGAGCGGCGCUAGCAAUGGCAACGGUACCAUCAAUGGAAUUGGAUCUGGAGGAGCAGUACCCCCACCAUCAACGGGAGCAGGUGGAACGCUGACUGUACCAAGUCGAGCAGAGGCGGCUGCCUUUACCGCUAACAUUGCGUUGAGUAGUUCUGCUCCCUCGGCUAGUUCCACACUACGUCGCCAUCGGCGAGACACUCCUGGGCUGGCCGAAAGCCGUAGGGCCAAUAGCAAUGCCAGCAGCAGUGGCAGUGAGAGUGGAAGCAGCAGCGGAGCCAGCGGAUCCGGAGGAGGAAAGCCACCUGCGACAGCCUGAUCCUGGUCUAUGUCGCGUCGCUUUUAAGCCACCUUACAAAUUAACACUUACAUACAAAGCUAACCCACGCGCCUAAUGCAGGAAUUUGAUUGUUCGAGUUCGUUAUGGAUAGAUAUAGGAAUAUUUAUAUGACUAGGAGGAGGCCCCGGGCGGUGGUUCGAUUGCUCAACCAAGGAUGAACAUCGGAAUGGAUGCAACCCCAUAAAACACACACGUUUCUAGUCAAGAUCUCUUACACACUUAAUGGG